CCUGCGGUCUAUUUCUGUCGGCGCUUACGUCUGGGACAGCAAGUUCCGCAUUCCCGUACCCUCCAAGAUUCGGAUCAGUAUUUAAACGGACUGACGCAAUGAUUUUUCGAUUUUUAGUCUCAUAACGUAGCUACGUCCGAUUCACAAAUUACAGACACACAUUAUAUCACCUCGGAUAUUAUUGGACCUAAUAAAGUGUCCAAAACACUGCUCCACCAUUGGUGGAAGAGGAUUGCAGUUCAACUUGUGACUGUGGUGUAUGGUGGCUGGGUCUAACAUGAUGCCCGGCCAGAUCCUUGACCCCUCCCUGACGGCCGGUUCCUUGCCCAGCCUGGGCCCACUGGCGGGCAUCUCUGCCACUACACUCACCGAUCAGCUCAAACUUGCACAGGACUUCAGGAACCUGGGCGCCAUGUUGUCACCGCUGCAUUUCCUGGGACGGCUGGGCAAGAGGCCGCUCACUGCUAUCAAGGGAGAGAUGGACGAGGACGAUGAGCGGAGGAGACGGAGGAGAGAUAAGAACAAAGUGGCAGCAGCACGAUGUCGGAACAGGAAGAAGGAGAGAACGGACUUCCUCCAAAGGGAGUCGGAGCGUUUGGAGGUGGUGAACACUGACCUGAAGUCCCAGAUUGAGGAGUUGAGGAUGGAGAGACAGCAGUUAAUGGUGAUGCUCAACCUCCACCGCCCCACCUGCAUCGUCCGCACCGACAGCGUCAAGACCCCCGAGAGCGAGGCCAACCCCCUGCUAGAACACCUGGCUGCCGAAAAGCUGACCGCAUCCAAAUGAAACCACAGGGGGAAACAAGAAACCGAAGGUCGAGAAAGAUAGAUCCGCCAAAAAAAAACAACUGUCAUCAUCAUAUGUACUGUCUUGACCUCAAAGCUGGAGACUUGUUGAGACUCUCGUCUGUCUUUGCCCAAAGACCUGUUUUUAAUUUUUUUUAAUUUUAAGGUUCCGUUGCCUCGGUAACACCUUGGUAAUGUUACCUGAGUGUGCUCUGAGGGAAGAGGGAACCCUACCCUAGUCAACAGCCGGGUUCACAGCCUUAGUCAUCAGCCUGGCUCUCUGCCUUUACGCCCAACCCUGUUCUGAAACCCAGUCACGUGCCCUCAGUUUACUUACUGCAUCUAACCAUCAUUUUACAAUAAAGGACAAACUAGAAGGAGGUAUAAAGUGGAAAUAUAAUGUUGAACAGGAAACACUAAGGUCAAUCAUUCUAAUGCUCUGUUACUGGCACUUAUCAGCACUGAGACAAACAAAGGGGCUGUUGUUUUUGAUACUCUAAACUUGUAUAACGGUAGAGAUACACAGGUGUAACCAGCCAGUGUACUGUAUACCACCUUUACAUAUACAGUUGUAGUAAUAUUCUAGGAUCUGUCCAUUAACAUACAUUCAAUUUAUACUAAGUUGGAACAUAAAGUUGUAUUUUGUAUUCUAUAUUACAAUGCUAAAAAAAAAAAAAUCCUCUGCCUUGACGACGGCAGUAUUC